GAUGGGAACUACCUGCUGUCUUGUGGCAGUGACAAAUCUCUAAAGCUGUGGAGUGUGAGCCGAGGGACCCAGCUGAAGACCUACAGUGGCCACGGAUAUGAGGUUCUGGAUGCUGAUGGUUCCUUCGACAACAGCCAGAUUUGCUCCUGCAGCUCGGAUAAAACAGUGAUCCUGUGGGAUGUCGCCACGGGCCAGGUCACACGUAAACUCAGAGGUCAUGCCGGGUCAAAAGUCAACUGUGUCCAGUUCAACGAGGAGGCGACUGUCAUUUUGUCUGGGUCCAUAGAUGGGACAGUUCGGUGCUGGGACACCAGGUCCAGAAGAUUUGAGCCCAUCCAGGUUCUAGAUGAGGCUCAGGAUGGUAUCAGCAGCCUGAAGGUGGCACAACACGAGCUGCUCACCGGGUCUGUGGAUGGGAGAGUGAGACGCUACGAUCUGAGAAUGGGACAGCUGCAUGUUGACUUCAUCAGCAGUCCCAUCACAUGUGUGUGUUUCAGUCAGGACGGUCAGUGCACUCUGAGCUCCAGUCUAGAUUCAACAGUCAGACUACUGGACAAGAGCACUGGGGAAAUGCUGGGAGAGUAUACAGGACACAAGAUGAAGGGCUAUAAGCUGGACUGCUGCCUGUCCAGUAAAGAUACUCACGUCCUUAGCUGCUCAGAGGACGGUCAUGUCUACUGCUGGGACCUGGUGGAAGGAUCUUUGUCCUUGAAACUGCCAGUGGGGAAAGCGGUUGUCCAGUCAUUGUCCUUCCAUCCCACAGAGACCUGCCUCAUUACAGCCAUGGAGGGGCGUGUUCAGGUGUGGGGCGCAGAGCCAGAGGAGACAGAGGAGGAUGCAAUGGCCACAUAAUUGGUGAAAAUACUCAAAAGCCACAUUUACAUGCUAAGAGGAUUGAUUUAUUUUUCUGUUAUUUCAACAUCAUACAGUCUGUGAACAUUGUAACUUUAAAACCUGAUAAACUUUAUGGUGGCUUGAAAACUAAUUAAUUAAUUAAUUGAAAAUAACUUACUCUCACAUUUCGUUUUUGACUCUAAACACAGGACCAUUGAAGGUAGUUUUUUUUAUU